CACGGGAAAAUCACCUAGUAUACAUAUAACAGGGAAUCACUAGAGCAUUUCAUUAUUUAACUUUUUAUUUUAUUUUAUUUUGUUCGUCAUCGUCUCUCUCGCCAAGAAAACGACAAGCAUCAAGGGAAGAUGUUAGAACAGCUUUUGAUAUUCACCAGAGGAGGCCUUAUCCUCUGGACAUGCAAAGAGAUCGGAAACGCUCUCAAAGGCUCACCAAUCGACACUCUGAUCCGCUCCUGCCUCCUCGAGGAACGUUCCGGUGAAGUCUCCUUCAACUACGGCGCCUACACUCUCAAAUGGACGUUCCACAACGAUCUCGGACUCGUCUUCGUCGCUGUCUACCAGAAGAUUCUCCAGCUUCUCUACGUUGACGACUUGCUCUCCAUUGUGAAGCAAAGCUUCUCCGAGAUGUACGAUCCUAAGCGUAUGAGGUACGAUGAUUUCGACGAGACGUUUAGGCAGCUUAGGGUUGAAGCUGAGGCUAGGGCCGAGGAGAUGAAGAGGACGAAGCAGGUGGCGAAGCCUUUGAAUGGUGUUAAGAAGCAAGGGCAGGUGUCGAAGGAGGAAACGAAGAAGAGCAAUGGUGAGAAGAAGGAUGAUGGAGAUAAAGUCAGUGUCUUGAGUAACGGGAAUCAUAAGAUGGAAGAUGAUGUUGCUAACGGGAAAGAGAACAGUGCUGAUAAUAAUAAUAAUAGUGUUGGAGUUGAUGUAAGUAAGCUUGCGAAGCUGAGGAGUAAAGGUGUGAGAGGUAGAGGAGGUUUAAGGAAAGCUGACAGUUUAGGUAGUAAUAAAGGCUCUUCCAAGGUUGUGGAGCCACCUAAGAAGGCGACUAAGAAGAAUAGGGUUUGGGAUGAUGCGGCGGCUGCUCCUAAGCAGGAGGAGGAGAAGCUGGACUUCACGGAUGAAAAUGGGGACAAUGGUCAUGUGGAUGUUGUGGCUGCUGCUGACCAAGGAGAAAGUAUGAUGGAUAAGGAAGAGGUUUUUAGUAGUGAUAGUGAGAGUGAAGAUGAUGAACCAAGAAGUGAUGAGAAGCCUGAGGCUAAGAAGAAGGGAUGGUUUUCUUCUGUUUUCCAGAGUAUUACUGGAAAGGCGAAUCUUGAAAGGACAGACCUUGAACCGGCGUUGAAAGCUUUGAAGGAACGGCUCAUGACCAAGAAUGUGGCUGAAGAGAUAGCUGAGAAGCUUUGUGAGUCAGUGGAAGCAAGUCUUGAAGGAAAGAAGUUAGCUUCGUUCACAAGAAUCUCUUCAACCGUUCAGGGAGCAAUGGAGGAGGCUCUGAUCCGUAUAUUGACUCCAAGACGCUCCAUUGAUAUAAUGAGAGACGUUCAUGCUGCCAAAGAACAGAGGAGGCCUUAUGUGGUCGUGUUUGUUGGAGUCAACGGAGUUGGUAAAUCCACCAAUCUUGCCAAAGUGGCGUAUUGGCUUCAGCAGCAUAAGGUCAGCGUGAUGAUGGCUGCUUGUGACACGUUCCGUUCUGGAGCUGUUGAGCAGUUAAGGACUCAUGCUCGUAGGUUACAGAUACCGAUAUUCGAAAAGGGGUAUGAGAAGGAUCCAGCAGUAGUUGCUAAAGAAGCCAUACAGGAAGCUACUCGUAAUGGAUCAGAUGUUGUUCUUGUUGACACAGCUGGUCGGAUGCAGGAUAAUGAGCCUUUGAUGAGGGCUCUCUCGAAGCUCAUCAACCUUAACAAACCGGACUUGGUCUUGUUUGUUGGUGAAGCUCUUGUUGGAAACGAUGCAGUAGACCAGCUCUCUAAGUUUAAUCAGAAACUUUCGGAUCUCUCUACUUCCGGGAACACAAGAUUGAUUGAUGGAAUCUUACUGACGAAGUUCGAUACCAUUGAUGACAAGGUUGGAGCAGCUUUGUCGAUGGUUUACAUAUCGGGAGCACCGGUUAUGUUCGUGGGUUGUGGCCAGUCUUACACUGAUCUGAAGAAGCUCAAUGUCAAAGCCAUAGUCAAGACACUUCUCAAAUGAUCUUCUCAUAAUCAUCAUCAAUAUCAUCAAUGUCUUAUCCAUCAUACUUUAUCUUAGUUCUUGAUUUUGAUUUGAAGACGAUUUUUCUCUUUGGCUGUGAUAUUUGUUUUUAACUCAGAAUAGACCAUUUCGUUGGAGUCGCGACAAUCUCCAUACCAUGGUUUUUUAUAUAAUGUAACGUUUGUCUUUGUACUAAAUGCUUCUAUGUUUCAUGUCAAAUCUUGGCAUCCUGGUUUAAGUUAACCAUC